GGGGAAGGUGAUGUCAUUGCCAGCCGAGGGCCGGUGCGCAGGCGCGGUGGACGGCAGCCGGCUCCGGUGAGAGGCGACCGGGGAGAUGGCUGAAGUUGAAGAAACCCUGAAGAGAAUUCAGAACCAGAAAGGUGUUCUAGGAAUUAUUAUUGUCAAUGCAGAAGGUAUCCCCAUCAGGUCAACCAUGGACAACACAACCACUGCUCAGUACGCGGGACUUAUCCAUCAGCUGUCUGUAAAAGCCAGGAGCACCAUCCGGGAUAUCGAUGCACAGAAUGACCUCACCUUCCUCAGGAUCCGGAGCAAGAAAAAUGAGAUUAUGGUUGCACCUGAUAAGGAAUAUUUAUUGAUUGUCAUCCAGAAUCCCAGCGAAUGAUCUCCGCAUCAUUGCCUCGGGCAGAUCUCCUGAACAGUGUCAAGCCAGCAGAAAUUGCACAUUUACCUGGCAGUGUUAAAUACUCCACAAACCCAGUCCAGCCAGAACACCACUCCCUGCUGCCUAUCUCCCGUGCUUCCCUGAUGCCUCUCCUGAGCCUCUGUAUCUUUCCCAAGUGACUGAAUAGGUCCGGUGUUUAAUUGACCAGCAAGUUGCUGCCGGUAAUUGGUCAUGUGUUUACUGAUUUACAUUUGGUAUCCAUUAACCAAUCAAGUCUUCAGUAAAGGCUGUCUCAUUCUCUUUGCUAGACUACAGAUACCAUUGGUGGGUAUUGUCAAUAAUUACUUAUACUACAUUCUCUUUAGGGAAAUGGAAGGCAAACGCUGGCUUAAACUGCAGCAUUUAACAAGUAACAGUCUCAAUAAAGUAAUAGCACUUUGUAUCAUGGAGAGCUAUUUUCAUGUUAGCGUGGGAUCUGGUUAAGGUUGUGACCAACAUAUUUGGAAAGGAGGUUGGAGAGGCGCAAUUCAUCUUGUAAAUCAAACAGGGAUAUUUUUGGAUUGGAAAGAGCUAGUAACCGAAAUGAGUAACCCUUGUGGUCCCAGGGAUUUAGUUUUUGCCUCUUCAUUCUUUCUGAAAUAUUUGAAAGAAGAUGCUCAAUGUGUAUUGGCGGUUUGGACCGGUUGCAAUUUGCAGGAUGGGAGGGUGAAGGGGAAAGAGGGAGACUCAUGUAAAAGAUCAAUGUGCUUUUUUUAAAAAAAUAAAGACCUUGCUCCCAUAAAGGUUUCACAGAA